AUGGUAGACUAUUGGGUGUCUCGGGAGCGGCAUUAUUGCAAGUAUUGCAAUGUCUGGAUGCAGAAUGACAAGCUAAGUAUUAAACACCAUGAACACGGUCGAAGACACAAGGAAAAGGUCGAGGAAACGCUCAAGCUCAAGCGACAGACUAAAUUGGAUGCUGAGAGAUCACAAAAGGAGCUUUGUGACCAAUUGCAGCAGAUUGAAGAAGAAGCACGUGCUAAACAUGAGCAAGAUAUGGCCAAUCGUAGCAGGAGACCACCGCCACCGCCACCUCGUCCUGGACAAAACAAUGCACCCCCUCCACCACCCCGAAAACCAGGACAGAUCCAUGCAACACCUCAUUAUAUUGGACAAAUCAGUGGAAAAGCUUCACUUGUACAUUCAACUACAAGAAAAUCUUUCACUGACGCUUCGUAUUGUCCAGUUAUUGAUCACGAGAAAGAAGAGGAGGAAAAGAGGAAAGAGGACAAUGGAGUGUACUCUGUACGAGGUGUUGUCUAUCUGGAAGGUAAAAAACAUGAGACGCAGCUGGAGAGUGGAAGUGCAUGUCAGAUUUGGGUGGAAGAGGUCGAGCAGUGGCUGGAUGCAUUGGUGGAACAGGCGACAGUGCACACAGUUCCAAAUACUGACCUGGCUUUCAGACGCUUUACGGUCAUGUACAUGCUGCCACCAUCGGAAGAGGGUCUUACGAAUGGAGAUAAAGCCAAGCCAAUUUACUGA